AUGAAAUACGGAUACGUUGAAGAAGACGGGACCCCAGUGGUCACCAACUCCGCAAAGCAAGGCGGAAUUGUAGCAGUAUACUACCUAGGAACUCUUAUCGGCUGUCUGCUUGGCGGAGUGAUCGGAGAUUCGAUAGGACGUGUGAAGACUGUAGUUGUAGGGUGCGCCUGGUCCGUAUUUGGUGCUGCCCUUCAGUGCUCGGCCCAAAACGUCCCCUGGAUGGUUUGCGCGAGAUUGAUCAACGGAAUUGGAACGGGUCAUUUGAACGCGAUCGUACCUGUUUGGGCAGCCGAGAUUUCAGACUUUUCGUCGCGAGGUGCAUUUAUCGCUCAGGAAUUCACACUCAAUAUUUUUGGUGUGGUGGUUGCGUAUUGGUUAGAAUACGGACUUUCGUUCAUUGAUGGAGGAAGGACACAAUUUCGUUGGAGGUUCCCAAUUGCAUUCCAAAUCAUCCCUCUUCUCCUUCUUGCCGUUGUGGUUAACCUCAUGCCCGAGUCUCCCCGCUGGUUAAUCAAAGUAGGCCGCCGAGUAGACGCUGAAUACAUUCUCACCCGACUUCGAGUGGACCCUGUGGCAGCACGGAGAGAGGCCGACGAGAUCGAGGCGGUGGUACAGCUCGAAAAGGGAGGACAAGUCGACGGCAAGGAAAGUGUCGGGGACAACUCGUACGUUGGGAUGUUCCUAGGACGUGGGCGGCCAGGUUCGCACAUAGCCCGUCGUGUCCAACUGGUCAUUUGGCUCCAAAUCGUACAAGAAUGGGUCGGUAUUGCUGCUGUGACUGUAUAUGCACCGAGGAUUUUCUCUGGUGUGAACAAUAUCACGUAUAUGCUAUCCACAUUGGUCGCCGUAUACACUCUAGACAAGAUCGGGCGUCGUUGGACUCUAUAUUGGGGGGCUGUAGGGCAAGGUAUCGCGAUGUUCCUCGCGGGAGGGUUCUCCCGACUUACGUUUGACGCUGCCGGAACGAGUAAACAAGCACAAUACGGUGGAGCAGCUGCGUUUUUUGUAUUCUUGUAUACUUUGUGUUUGGUGCUACAUGGCUCACCGUCCCGUGGCUGUAUCCAACCGAAAUCUUUCCUCUCGAAUGCCGAGCUCGCGGAAAUUCAUGGGGCAAGCGUUGUGGGAUGGUCAAUCGGCAACGGUUGGCUGACCCUCCUCACACCAGUUAUGUUUAAUGCGAUCAACGAGAAGACCUUGUAUGUAUUUGGAGCGUGCAAUGUUUUGGCUAUUCCGUUUGUCUGGGCGUUUUAUCCCGAGACGAACCAGCGUACGCUUGAAGAGAUGGACCUGCUCUUUAGUGCUGACAGUAUAUUCGCCUGGGAGGCUGAAAAGGCAUUUGCGAAGUUACAGGCAGAACAUCCUGAAGUUGUUCACCAGGCGCACACGCACGAAGUACCCCAAGUCGCUGAGUCAGUUGCUGAUCAGGAUAGUAUGGAGGAGUACCACAAUGGUCCCAGAAAGUAG